AUGGCGAAGAAUUCGGAUGCUCUUAGAACAUUCACAUCGGAUCACCAUAUUAAUGUGAAUGAGUUCUCUAUAUUAUAUAGAAAAUUAAGGAAGCUAUUUGGGGUUGCGUUGGGGAUCGGGCUCCGGGCCCGGAUGGUUUUAAUUUCAAGUUUAUUAAAAAGCACUGGGAUCUCUUUCAAGGAUCUCUUUCAAGGUGAUUUUCUAAGGGUUUUUCAAGAGUUUUACAAAAACGGGUCUAUUAAUAGAUGCUGCUCGUCUUCUUUCAUUGCCUUAAUUCUUAAAAUUAAAGAUCCUACUUCUCCAUCUAAUUUCCGCCCUAUUAGUCUUAUCGGGGUUGUCAACAAAGCAAUUUCUAAAGUCCUGGUGAACCGGCUCAAAAAAGUGGUUGGAAAAUUAGUGUCGGAAGAGCAGUCUGCUUUCUUGGCCGGGAGAAACAUUUCUGAUGGCCCACUGAUAAAGGCAAAAAAAUUUGGUAUGAUUUUUAAGGUUGACAUUAAUAAAGCUAAUGAUUCUCUUAAUUGGAAGUAUCUUGAUUCGGUCUUGGCUCAAAUGAAUUUCCCGGAGCGGUGGAGGGGCUGGAUUAUGGCGACUCUUGUAUCAUCACGGGCAUCGGUUCUAGUGAAUGGUUCUCCAACUAUGGAGUUCGAGUGUACACGUGGGUUGCGUCAAGGAGACCCAUUGUCCCCCUUUUUAUUCGUUAUUGCUAUGGAGACGCUCUCCGGUAUUAUGAAAAAGGCCGUGUCGGAUGGUAUUUUUAAAGGUUUGCGAUGUACCAUAAAUGGUCCGGUUCUUUCCCACCUUAUUUAUGCGGAUGACGUUGUCUUUCUUGGGGUUUGGUCGGGUGAGAAUGCUCUUAAUUUACGUAGAAUCUUGAGAUGCUUUUAUUUGGUCUCUGGAUUGAAAGUGAAUCUUUCUAAGUGUUCCGUGUAUGGGGUCGGGGUGGAUGAUGUAGAGGCACAACUAAUGGUGAAUAUCCUGGGGUGUAAAAAGGGUUCUUUUCCUUUUAAGCAUUUGGGAUUGAUGGUAGGUGCCAAUAUGAAUCUUAUUCGAAAUUGGAAACCGGUUAUAGACGUGUUUAAAAAUCGGUUGUCGCUUUGGAAAGCAAAGCAUCUUUCUUAUGGAGGCAAAAGUCUUGGAGAUUUUGGAAAGGUUGAGGAGGGUUUUCUUUUGGGGGGAUUGGAUGUAAAUUCUCACAUGAGUUGGAUGGCUUGGGAAAAGGUAAUAGCUCCUAUUGAGUAUGGCGGAUUAGGAUUUGGGUCUCUUCGUGAUGCUAAUUUAGCUAUGCUAUCGAAGUGGUGGUGGAGAUUCAAGACGGACAAAGAUGGGUUAUGGAGAAGAGUUGUAUGGGCGGUUCACCAUAAUAAUAGAUCUUGGGCUCCGGUUCCGGCUAAGGCUUCACUGGCUGGUCCUUGGAAGCAUAUCGUCGGAAUUUGCGAACAUCUUAAUCAGGUUGGUAUAAAUCUUCCAGACUCUAUUUGGUGUAAAGUGGGUUGUGGAUCGAAGGUAGCCUUCUGGCUCGAUCUUUGGAUCGGAAAUCAGCCAUUGUAUAUUAGUUUCCCUCUCUUAUUUGCUCUUGAGAAGGAUAAAACUUGUAAUGUGGCUGAUCGUGUUUCGUGGGGUUUAAAUAUGCUAAAUAUGUCAUGGGAUUGGAUCCGGCUUGUAAUGUCCGAAAGUGAACAGGAGGAACUGAUGGAUAUGUUGCUUCUUCUUUGUGAUUUCAAUGUCAGAGAUGGGCCAGAUUCAUGGGUUUGGAGACACGAUAAAUCGGAGGUAUUUUCGGUGGCUAGUAUCAAAAGAACUUCAGCGUCGGCCUCGAGAUCGGUUCCGGAAUACUUGUUUUUAUGGAAUAAGUUCGUUCCGAAAAAGGUGGGGAUUGUUCCUUGGCGAGCUUUGUCGGAAAGGCUACCAACUCGGGCUGCUUUGGCAGCAAGGAACAUCAACACUGCGGACACCCGGUGCUUGUUUUGUGACAGUGGUGUAGAAUUCCCCCCAUAA